GGCGGAGUCACGUGGUCAGAGUCGCAGCUCAGGGAGGCGGAGUCACGUGAUCCGGGGACCGGGGUGGGGUCGCCAUGGGCACCGCGCUGGAUAUCAAGAUCAAGCGGGCGAACAAGCUGUACCAUUGUGGGGAAGUUCUCACUGGAGUGGUGGUCAUAACAAGUAAGGAUGCAGUCCAGCACCAGGGUAUCUCCUUAACAAUGGAAGGAUCUGUCAACCUGCAACUGAGUGCCAAAAGUGUUGGUGUGUUUGAAGCCUUCUGCAAUUCUGUUAAGCCUAUUCAGCUUAUUAACAGUACUGUAGAAAUGGUAAAACCUGGAAAACUGCCCAGUGGUAAAACAGAAAUUCCUUUUGAGUUUCCACUGCAAGUGAAGGGGAACAAAGUUCUCUAUGAAACCUACCAUGGAGUUUUUGUCAACAUCCAGUAUACCCUUCGAUGUGACAUGCGGCGCUCUCUCCUGGCUAAGGAUUUGACUAAGACUUGUGAAUUUAUUGUCCAUUCGCCACCUCAGAAAGGUAAACCAACCCCAAGCCCAGUGGACUUUACUAUUACUCCUGAAACUCUACAGAACGUGAAAGAGAGGGCAUUGCUCCCAAAGUUUCUCAUAAGAGGCCAUCUCAACUCUACAAACUGCAUCAUAACACAACCCCUCACAGGGGAGCUUGUGGUGGUCAACUCAGAUGCUGCGGUUAAAAGUAUUGAACUCCAGUUGGUACGAGUGGAAACCUGUGGCUGUGCUGAAGGUUAUGCUAGAGAUGCCACUGAGAUUCAGAAUAUUCAGAUUGCUGACGGAGAUGUCUGCAGAAAUCUUCCUAUUCCAAUCUACAUGGUAUUCCCCAGACUCUUCACCUGCCCCACCUUGGAAACCACAAACUUCAAAGUUGAAUUUGAAGUUAAUGUCGUUGUCCUCUUGCAUGACGAUCACCUCAUCACGGAGAACUUUCCACUGAAGCUCUGCAGGCUCUGAUUAAUUAGAACAGUUUCAGGAAUACCAUUGGGACCCCAGAAGCCUCCUAUCAGUUGGGAAUCCUGUGCGUUGGCACUGCGAGAACCAAGCAAUGUGAUUGCUGCUGUGUAUUCUCAAAUCCUAUGGCAAUAGAAGAAUGACAUUUAGGUGUUCUGAUGAGCCGGAAUUGUACACUUGCAGCUAUAAAAGUGCUCUCUCCAGGUCGUUGCCAAACAUGGACCAGCUGAGUUUUGCCCUGUUUCUGCUGUGGAGUCAGAUGUUGAAGAGUUGCCUAGGCUUAUGGUGAAACUGUAUCACAUACAAGACCACUCUCUAGCUGAACUUAGCCCUUCAUCUGCUUGAUCCUUCUUGGUAUUGGUUCUGCUAGCAAGAGAUCAUAACACGAAGGAGUUUUGUUUGCCAAUAUGUCAUUCCAGUUGAAGCCAUUUCCUGUCCAUGUCAGAGUAUGCUCACUGUGCUUACAUAUAGUAAUACUAUACACAUUUUGAAGAAAAUCUACUGAAAUCUGAGUAAAAGCAGUGUGGUAGGAAUUACAUUUACCUAAGCAGUGGACUUGAAGUUUUUCAAAAACUACUAUAUAGAAAUUCCUGUUUUCACCAUCGGCAUUAUAAAUAAAAACUUUGAGUGAAUGCUCAUGGCCAUCAACUGCCUGUGAGGGAUAUUUUGGCUUGGGUGCAAUGGUUUAACAUAAAUAGCAUCAGUAUUGGAGCACUAACUAUAACACUGGGCAACAUUUUUUUUACUUUCUGAAUGUUGUCCAGAUUUCUACAACUGCUUUAGGGUAUUUUUGCACUGCUGAAUCAGGAAAUUGCAUCCGUUUCUCUCCAUCAGGUCAGGUUUUUGCGCUAUGUUGAUUUGAAAAAAGUCAGAUCUUGUGACAAAAUCGAUUACAUUUUUGUGGCAUUAUCAGCUGAUUUUUGUCAUUAUGAUUAGCUCUCGUUUGCCUGCAAGCAGAAUGGAAUUACACUGCCAUCUUCAGACGAGUUUGCCUUUAGAAUGAGACGAAAUCCACUUGAGUUGAACUAAGGGGAAAUUGGGACAUAGAAGAGGAGAUGGUAGAAUAAAUACCAUGCUACCUAUCCUUGAGAGGUGUCAGCCUACAAGCUUACUAAAGGAAUGGAGCCACCUGGUGAUGUGCAUUUUUGCCUAGAGCUGAUCCCAUGUCUUUGCUGCAUUGCCUUACCAGGUUCUAAAUGUUGUACACCAACCAAAUACAGCCCAUUCCUGAGUUGUAUCUACUUGCAUAAAGUAAUGGAAUCUGUAGUUCAUUAUCCAAAAGUGCCUGUUUGAUUUCUUCCUCCAAAUAGGUCUGUUGCUAAAAUGGUCCUCACACAUAUGCAAUGUAUGUUAGAAAGCAAACUAAAAUUCUGUGGCUUGCUCA